AUGGAAGAGAACACCUCUUACAUUUGCAAAGUGGUCGAGAAUUUUGUGUCCGGUUUACAUGCUGCACCAGAUUCGAAGCUCUUGAAGUGUUCUAUCCUCCUUGUAGCCAGUAUCAUGCAAACUUAUACUAAAUUCCCAACACUUGCAGAGCGAUGGUUUGAAAUCAAAAAACCAAACUCAGACCCUUCUGAUGCAUCAAAAAAACGAUUCCCCACAUUUGACUUUGUUCACAGGUUCAUAAACUCCACAAUUUAUCCUCCACCAAGCGAGAAAUUCACGCUUCGGUAUCGGGAUAUACUGUUGGGUAACCUAGCUAGGCUCAUAGAUGUAUCUCAGCAUGCACGUCUCUAUUUCACCGAAUCCCAGCUGUGCGAGACACUCCUAAAAUACCCUUUAUCUUUACGAGAGCAGGAAAGCGAAAAUAGACUGAGAAGGGAUCCAGUAAAAAACCAGGUCACCACAGAGCUAUUCACAGAAACUCAGGAAUAUCAGCUUUACGUUUCAUCUCUCAACUAUUAUCUUGAUAUCAUGGAACUAAGCAAAAAUCCCGACUCGAAGAAUCAUUUCUUGCUGGUACUAGGCGACUUCUUUGAGAACCUGCUAGUUUACCACAAUAUAAACAAAAACAGUACCAUAGUAUCCAUUCUAUAUGAGGGACUGAAAGUAAUAGCUGAAAAACCGACAUUAAAAUCCUGCCAUACUUUGAUGACCGCUAUCAUCGCGAAUCCUUCAUUUCAGUCUAUGGUUUGGUGUAGUCUCUUAUGUUUCAAGGAAUCGGAACUAACAGGAACUAUUCAGAAAGCUGCUUCCAGAGUCACUCACAAAUACACUCUUGACUUUAUCAAAUUUAUCUAUUCAAGUUCAUCUCCGACGGUCCAAAAUAUGGUUUUCGUGAGAGCCCAGCCUUGUUCUGAAAAAGAAGAGUCUUAUUGGUUUUUGUCUAACGUCAGUCAAAUUUAUUCUCGGGAAGAGGACAUUCUCUUGGUAGCUACGAAAAUGAAGCAGUGCUUUGAUACCGCUUUACGUUCUAGAAAGUCGAUCAAGAGAGAAACCUAUUUGAAUGAGGAGUCACUAUUCUAUCAAGCGCUUGUUGUAAGACUCAACACUUUUUACUUAUAUGAUGCAACAGAGAAUAAGCAUUUUUUGAGUUUAAUAAUUACGAUAGUUCUCGAUCUGGGGGGAACUCCCUUGGACUACGAGGAAUCAUCGUUGCUACUUGCAUUAAAGAACCUGAUAUUCACCUCCCAAUUGGUUUCCACGACGAAAAAGAAACUCUUUACAAUCGACCCAGAAGGGCUUUGCUUUCCGUAUGAAAAAAUUCCAUCUCUGUUAUCGCUUCCCGAUUUGAAGCAUUGGAUAUAUGAUCAGAGAAAGAGCUCUGCGAAACUGAGAAUCAUAGCUAAGAUCUUUCCAAUGAACCAGGAAUUGCUUCGGAAACUUCUUCUCGAACUCUACUGCUAUAAAAAGGUAUUAGCGAUUGGAAAGUAG